CAUGUCCACCAGAUUGAAGACGCCAAGCGUCGUCCUGUCUGAAGCUGAAAUGUUAGAAAGGGCCAAGAAGAGGAAACAAUCUUCCAGCAGCAUGACAAUGACACCGUCACCAAUGAUCCCUCCUAAGGCAGCCAGGACGGCCAAUUCGAGUGACGCUCCCAAGGUCACUAGGACGCCACUCCAAGAGGGAGAGACUUUCAUUAUCAGUCUUCCCAAGAAUUUCUGUGAGAUUACUACACCGACCAUCUUCCCGUUGGCAGAGAAAUUGGCGUUCCUUGCCGCACAGCGUCUCUUGGCUAGACUUCCUCUGGCGACAGUGGCGAAUGAAGGACUUGCUCUGCUGAUCCAUGUUGUCCAAAAUUCGCUUGCUUUGCGCUCCGCAGCUCUCACCCUAGAGAAGGAGUGCAAAACCUUGCGUGAGAAGUUAGGGAGGUCCACUUCAGCUCUAACGGCGGCAGAAAAGAAAGUCACGGAACUCUCCGCUGACAUAGUUUUUUUUAGUUCACAUGUAUAA